CAUAUUGUUUGACACCCCAAGAACCGCUGAGCCGCUACAAAAAAAUAGUGCAAUAUAAGUAUUUCUAGAGUUAACUAACAUGUCUGCACGCGAUGAGGCUACAAGCAGUAAGCAAGCGCGUCUAGCUAACAAUCAUAACAAAAAGCAGUUAAAUGGAAAAACCGGCGAUAGCGACGCUGCCGGAGAUGCUCGUAGCAAAGUAGCACUGAUAACAGGCAUAACCGGACAGGAUGGUUCAUAUUUGGCUGAAUUUCUGCUGAAGAAGGACUAUGAGGUGCAUGGCAUUAUAAGGCGUGCCAGCACCUUUAAUACGACACGCAUCGAGCAUUUGUAUGCAGAUCCCAAAGCGCACAAGGGCGGACGCAUGAAACUCCACUAUGGUGACAUGACAGAUAGCAGUAGUCUAGUGAAGAUCAUCAACAUGGUUAAGCCUACAGAGAUUUACAAUUUGGCUGCACAAUCGCAUGUAAAAGUGUCGUUCGAUUUAAGCGAAUACACUGCUGAGGUCGAUGCCGUAGGCACUCUUCGUAUAUUGGACGCAGUACGCACUUGUGGCAUGGAAAGAUCUGUUAAGUUUUAUCAGGCCUCCACGUCGGAGUUGUAUGGUAAGGUGGUGGAAACGCCACAGAAUGAACAGACGCCAUUUUAUCCACGAUCACCUUAUGCUUGUGCCAAGAUGUAUGGCUUUUGGAUAGUCAUCAACUAUAGGGAAGCAUAUGACAUGUUUGCCUGCAAUGGCAUACUCUUCAAUCACGAGAGUCCACGCCGUGGUGAAAACUUUGUGACACGCAAAAUUACACGCUCUGUUGCAAAGAUUCUGCUAAAUCAAAUGGAAUAUUUUGAGCUGGGCAAUUUGGACUCGAAGCGUGAUUGGGGCCAUGCCAGCGACUAUGUGGAGGCCAUGUGGAUGAUGCUGCAGCGCGAUGAGCCGGCUGAUUAUGUGAUUGCGACUGGUGAGACGCACAGUGUGCGUGAAUUUGUAGAAGCUGCUUUCAAGCACAUCGGGCGCGAGAUUGUGUGGAGUGGCAAAGGUAUUGAAGAGGUGGGCGUCGAACGCAACACCGAUAUUGUGCGAGUACGCAUUAAUCCAAAGUAUUUCCGGCCAACGGAGGUGGAUCUGCUGCAGGGCGAUGCCUCUAAAGCCAAACGCGAGUUAAACUGGACACCAAAAGUUAGUUUUCUUGAGCUCGUUAGCGACAUGAUGAAUGCUGAUAUUGAGCUGAUGAAAAAGAAUCCAAUUGCCUAAAGCCAAAUGGGCUUUAAUAUAAGCACAAAUUCAUUUACACUUAACUAUAUAUUAUUAGAUUUAAGCGUGCAAAGUGUUUCAUGGCGGUAUCUGCGAGCAUUCCUUUUUAUACCUUGCCUUAAAUGUCUGUGUGUAUGUAAUUCGUUUGUAGUAUUUAACAAAUCUAACGAUUUUGCAAUAAAUAUUUU